AUGAAGACUUUCACUACUUUCGCAUUCGCUGCCUCUGUGCUGGCACAGGCUGUCAACGGACACUACAUCUUCCAAUACCUCACUGCCAACGGCGUGAAGGGUGGUAUCUAUCAGAACAUUAGGGAGAACACGAACAACAACUCGCCCGUGACUGAUCUCGAGUCCAACGACCUCCGCUGCAAUGUUGGUGGUGAGGAUGGCAGCAAGACUAGCACGGUCUCCGUCGCUGCUGGCAGCACCGUCGCUUUCACUGCCGACAUCGCCGUGUACCACCAGGGCCCCGUCUCUUUCUACAUGACAAAGGUCGACGACGCGGCGGCGGCGGACGGCAGCACGCCGUGGUUUAAGAUCAAGGACAUCGGACCCACUUUCUCCAACGGCCAGGCGACUUGGGACCUCGAGACGACGUACAACGUGACCAUCCCCAACUGCCUUCCCGCCGGCGAGUACCUGCUGCGCAUCCAGCAGCUUGGCAUCCACAACCCGUGGCCGGCCGGCAUCCCGCAAUUCUACAUCUCGUGCGCCCAGGUCAAGGUCACGGGCAGCGGCUCGGGCUCGCCCAGCCCGACUGUUUCCAUCCCCGGCGCGUUCAAGGAGACGGACCCCGGCUAUACCGUCAACAUUUACAACGACUUCACCAACUAUACUGUCCCCGGCCCGGAGGUGUGGACGUGCUAG